AUGGAUGACAUACUGGGCGAGGAUCUGCCGCUCCCACCGGCCAGACUCUUCGAACGCCUCUCACAAGUCCCCAACUAUACCUGGGAUCGCUCAUUUGCGCCGUUUCACUCCACCUACGAUCACUGGCAUGUCUACGGAAUCCUACAUAAUCCCGAGAUUCUCAAUCCUCGCGCGUCUAUAAGCACGUUGACCAGCUUUUCCGCAUUGUCCGGCUCCACCAGAAGCUCUCCGAAGCUCGAUCCUCACCGUCCUUCGCUCAGACAUCACCACUGGAGUAGCAUGAGUGGUGCUUCAACCGACAGCGAGAAUCUAUCGUCGAGAGGUGAUCCGGAUCCAAUAUGGCAGCCCGUCAUGGCCCGCAUUAGCACACAUGUGCUUCGGUUGGAAAGAGAGUUUCAAUGCAACCAGGCCAUCAUCAAAGAACACGAUCCAGAAUGCGAGCAUACCAUACGACCCAUUGAAAUGUUUAGGCUGCCUACAACACCGGGUGAUGUCCAUUCUAUGAUUGUGUGUGUUUAUGAGGCUCCUGGCAAGAAUUACCUACGCGAGAUCCUCGAUUUUGGUCCGGCUUUCUAUGGACUGCACAAUCACAGACCGAGUGCGGAUGGGACGCCCGGGGAACGAGUUCCGCUUCAAGCAUUUCUGGAUUUUGCCAUCGGUGCGUCAGAAUCGCUCGAACUACUCCACCAUGGCGCUAAGACCGUUCAUGGCGAAAUUCGUGCCGACAGUUUUCACUGGAACCGUGAAAUGAACACGGUCAAACUCGUCAAUGGUGGAAAUGGGCCUCGGGCAUUUGAGAAUCUCCUCUCUAGCGAAGGAUGGGCCACAUUAAGCAGGGAGAUUGGAGUGAAGAACAAGCUGCAGUUCAUUGCCCCAGAGCAAACUGGUCGACUCGCUGCAGAACCCGACAGUCGCACCGAUAUCUACAGCUUGGGGAUUCUUUUCUGGACCCUCCUGACCGGCCAGCCCGCAUUUGAUGCAGAAACUCCCAUCGAUAUUGUGCAACGUGUCCUGACAUACCGGUUGCCGAUGGUUACCGCGAUCCGCAUGGACAUUCCCGAUGCGAUCUCGCACAUUAUUGCCAAAAUGACCCAGAAGCAAAUGGACGAGCGAUAUCACUCAAUCAAUGGUCUGAAGUAUGAUUUAUUGCAAAUCCAGAAAUUUUUGGGCGAAGGCGAUCAAGAGAAGAUCAAAAAUUACAAGGUCGGACAGCGGGAUGUGUCGUCUUUUUUCAUCUUGCCGACCAAGCAGUUCGGACGAAGCGCCGAGAUGGACCGUAUCCACAAGAUCAUCGACAAAGCUCAUAAACGACAAAAUUCAAGCGGGGCGCGCCAUUCUCCAUCACAACAUGGUCUUCUAAAUGCUGCUUCAAACUCCUCUAUCUCGGACAGCCGUGCGGAUGGUCCAGAGCCCGGAGAGGGUUCCGAUUCGUCGAGUUCUUUUGGUUUCCGGGAAUCUCGAAGUAAUUCCACAACCAUCGGACUGGACGGUCCUGGUUUUACUCCAUCCUUUGGAAGCAAGACCAAUUUGUUGGGGAAGCGUGGUCGGGGCGUGACCGACUCUCGUGGUAACCCCUUGGACGUGGUGUCUGAUCGUGAUAGCAAUCUCUCCGGAGGGCUACAACCUGGUUCUGACUCCCUGCCUGGAAUGAUGACCAGACGAAGAAACAGUCACAAAUACAAGCGAAGAACCAAAACCGAGGUAAUCACCAUUCUCGGGCCCGCCGGUGUGGGCAAAACUGCUCUCAUUAAAGCGGUCCAACCUGCGAUUCGCCGUCACGGAUAUUUUGCUCUGGCGAGGUUUGACAAGGCUCGUCCGUUGCCGUUCGAGCCACUCGUCAAGGUGAUGGCCAGUCUCUUCAGACAAAUUUUCUCCGAGAAAGAUGUUAAUACGCCCUAUCAUGAGCAUCUGCGAGCGCAUGUAACGCCAUUCUGGCCUAUUUUGCAUACCAUGUUGGAUCUACCCGCAACCUUGCUGGAUGUCACAGUUCUUUCAAAGAAGCUCCUGGUCAAGAACGACACCACGCAAAGCGUCAAUACCGAGGUUGCCACCGUUGAGAGUGCGCCCAAGACGAAUAAUGGACCCUUCAAUCACGGUCCCUGGGACGCCAACGAUUUCCUCCGGGGGCCCGCCAACACCAAAUCAAUCCGACUCAUUAAUACGUACAUGGAUGUGCUGCGGACUAUUUGUACAGGAAAAUUGAUUUGUCUAUGCCUAGACGAUUUGCAAGCCGCGGAUGGAGAAUCAAUGGAGUUGCUCAUGCACAUUAUCAAAGCAAAAGUUCCGGUCGUAUUAAUCCUCUCGAGCAGAACCGAGGACGGCAAUAUUCAUGACGCGACCGCCAAAAUUCUCGAUCUCGAAUCGACAAAUAAGAUUGAGCUUGGAAAUCUCCGCGAAAAGCAUGUUUUUGAAUAUGUUGCGGCCACCAUGUCUCAAAGCGUGGAGACGAUUUUACCACUCGCCGCCGUUGUGUAUGCCAAGUCAGAAGGCAACCCCUUCCUGGUCAAAGAUAUUCUUCAAACCUGCUAUCAACGGAACUGCUUGUGGUACGACUGGAGAGAAUCCGGCUGGCAGUUUGAUUUGGACAAGAUUUUCGAUGAGUUCAGCUCCGAAGGAUGCUUCGAUAACGGCUACAUGACAAGGCGCCUUCAAGAACUUCCCCCGGCCGCGAGGUCGAUCCUGGCAUGGGCCUCACUGAUCGGAACCAAUUUCUCUUUCAAGCUGAUUCAGACCAUUAUGAGUGGUGAAUAUUUCUACAGCAGUGGACGAGAUCAGGCCAACGAUGCGACUUGUCCCAAACGUGCCAAACUUUUCAAUCUCUCCGAGAGCGACUGUGUCACGGGACUUCAACAAUUGGUCAAUAUGUACAUCGUGACUCCGGGCGAGACAGACGACGAGUUCCGGUUUACGCAUGCGCGAUAUCUGAGAGCGGCAAACGAAAUGCGUGAGUGCCAGAAUACGACCAAGAUGCAUUUCAUUAUAGCACAGACCAUGAUAACAUACCUCAGCCAGUGCAAGCAUAAUUUGUACCCUCUGGCGCGUCACAUCUGUCUGUCCUCAGACCUCGUCAAGGAGAAAAUCCCCAGCCGGAUGCGUUACCGAGACGUUCUUUGGCGAGGGGCACAGAAGGCCAUGGAGACGGGCGCAAAGCCCACGGCGCUCUGGUACUACAAAACUGCCGUCAAGUUGUUACAAGACGACAAAUGGAACACGGAUAACCCGGAUGUGUUUUAUGACGAAACUCUCCAACUUCACGUCAAUGCCGCCGAAAUCAUGCACGUACAAGGUGAGGAAGAAGAGGCCCUACAACUGUUGGAAGAGACGUUUGCCCACGCACGGUGUUCGGCCGACAAGACCAGGUCUUACAUCUUAAAAGGGCGGAUCUUGGCUACACAAGGCAAAUACCUCGAUGCGUUUGCUGCCCAAAAAGAAAGUCUCAUCGAACUGGGCUUGUCCAUCCCACAUCUCACCUGGGACGAGUGCGAUAUUGAAUUCAAAAAGCUGGAGUUCCGGCUCCGGCAGCUGGAUCGAGAGGAACUUCUUUCCACUCCUUUGAGCGAAGACAAAUCCGUGAUCGCUUUGGGCACCGUGUUGAGUGAAGCUUUGGGCGCGCUGUAUUGGUCCAACUCGCUCCUUUGGUUUCAAUUGGUCAUCGCCUACGUGUCCACAAUCUUGGACCGCGGCGUCUUCGUUCAAGCUGGUUUGGGCUUCACCAUGCUUGGUGCUGCCGCCAUAGGUCGAUACAAAGACAUUGAGUUGGGUCUGUCCAUUGGUGAGAUUGCACAGGAGUUCUACACCCUCUACGAUGAUCCUUGGACCCGUGGCAGAGGCUGGACGUUGUACGCGCUCUUUGUGGGCCACUUCCAGGCCCCGGUCCGAAACCUCCUCCCUAUCCUGGAUAAUGCGCUUGAAUACUCCUUAUCGUCCGGGGACAAAUUCGUGAGCAUCCUCAACAUCGGCACGAUGGCGCUGUAUCGGCUCUGGGCUGGACAAGAUCUUGCAGAGGUCGAGACAUUCUGCAACUACGGGCCAGAGGAGUUUGAGGAUUGGGACAAAGAUCGGCGCGGUGGGACCAUUCUCAUGGUUGCACGACAGGUUGCUCGGGCCUUGCAAGGAAAGACCAACCUCGACGACGUCAAGACCCUCCUAGACGAUCAUGAACACAAUUCUGAGACGUGGCUGGCCGAGUGCGAACUGUACGUGGGCAAUCCAACGCGACCUCGGGAUAUUUAUCGUGCGGUGUCUCUGAUCGUUUACUACCUCAUGGGUUACUACGAGUAUGUGGUUGAAGUUGGGAGAGAAUUGAUCUCGACAACUCUCGAUGAACUGUGGUCUAACAGACCAGCAUGCGGCACCCGGUUGUUCUUGGCCCUGUCCCUGCUGGCUGUCGCCAAGGGAAAACCCGAGGAAGAGCGGGAACCAUACAUCGAAGAGGCCAGGCGUUUGAAGCAAUUUAUCGAUGACUGGGGAAGAAUAAACGACGUGAAUUACCUGGCCUGGUCUCGGAUUUUAGAGGCCGCCAUUGCUGACCUCACACACGUUUACUACAACGUCAUUUCCAACCUGGAAAUGGCUAUCGAUCACUGCCAAGUCCAUGGUUUCGCCCUGGAGGAGGCUAUGGCUGUGGAAAUGCAGGGCGAAUUCCUUCUGGCCCGAGGAGCCAAAAGGGCGGGUAAAGUCAUGAUCCAUGAAGCCAUUGCCGCUUGGAACCGGAUCAAUGCCGGUGGGAAGGCCAAGCAGUUGUCAGCAAAGCACGAGUGGUUGAUCAAGACUGCCACCACUUCAAGGACCAUGGACUCGGCAACGCAGACUCAAGAUCUGCAUGCAUUGACGGUGACGGAGGAAAUACAGGCCCCGAAUAAGCACGAAUACACCAGUGCUUGGGUCCAACCAAAGGGAAUGGCGCCCUCCCAAACGACCCAAGAUGUCCCUGGUCUUGGACUGGAUAUUCUCGACCUCACAUCCAUCCUGGAGUUCUCCCGGGUGAUCAGCUCCGAGCUCCAGAUCAACAACCUCCUCUCCAAGAUGAUAUCGGUCAUCCUCGAAUCCGUCGGAGGUCAAGCGGAGUUUUGCGCCAUCAUCAUUGACUCCGAGGAUCAAGGUUGGUGCGUCGCAGCGAGUGCAGAUCAUGAAACAGGCGUCAAGACCUACCCCGAUGGUAUACCGUUUUCCGAAGUGGACGAUCAGGCCGCGCAGCAGAUUACUCACUACUUGCUUCGCACCAAAGAAACCGUUUUUGUGCCGAAUGUGCUGGAAGAUGACCGUUUCUCCAACGUCGGCGACGCGUAUUUGGCCAGGAAUCCCUCGGGACGAUCGAUCAUUGCCAUCCCCAUUAUCCAAGCCGACCAUCUGAUGGGUGUAAUUCACCUGGAAGGUCGGCCCAAUGCAUUUACUCAACGUAACAUGAUCGUCCUCAAUCUUCUCACCAAUCAAGUGGCCAUUUCUCUCGGAAAUGCUCUUCUGUACCGGAAGGUCGGCAAAGUGAGCGCAUCAAAUGCGAGUAUGGUGGAAUCUCAGAAGCGAUCUCUCGCUGCGGCUCGUGAGGCCGAAGCCAAGGCCAAAAAGGCCGAAGCGGAGGCCAUGCACAACGUCAAGUUGAAAGAGGAGGCGGCUCGAGCCAAGUCGAUUUUCCUGGCCAACGUCAGCCAUGAAUUGCGGACGCCGUUGAACGGUGUGAUCGGCAUGUCCGAGCUCCUCAAAGGCACUCCCUUGAGCAAAGACCAAGAGCAAUACGCGGAUAGCAUUCGAGUCUGUGCCGAUACGCUGCUCACCGUUAUUAACGAUAUACUUGAUUUCUCCAAAUUGGAGGCGGGGAAGAUGCAAAUGUUUACCGUUCCCUUGAACUUGAAGGAGACCAUCACCGAGGUGGUUCGGGCGCUGGCGUACACCAAUCAAGAACAUGGGCUCCAGACGAUCGAGGAUCUGCAGAUCGACGACAAUUUGGUGCUGGGUGACCCCGUGCGCCUCCACCAGAUUUUCAUGAACCUGCUCAGCAAUGCCUACAAAUUCACACCGAAAGGAUCGGUGACGGUGCAGGCCCGAAAGAAUGCUGAAACCAGAGACCGAGUCAAGAUCACAUGUUCGGUGGCCGACACGGGUAUUGGCAUCACACAGGAGCAACUUUCACGACUGUUCCAACCAUUUUCCCAAGCCGAUUCGUCGACGGCGCGGUCCUAUGGCGGGAGCGGCCUCGGGCUCAGUAUCUGCAAGGCCAUGAUUGAGAAUGUUCUGGGGGGCAAGAUCUGGAUCGAGUCGGCCCCUGGUGCAGGCACCACCGUUUCCUUUACUCUCACGUUCCAGAAAGCCCCGAAGAACAGCAGCGUCCCGAAUGAUAUGGAAAUUUCAGCAAAAGAUCCAGACCCGAUGGCAAAUUGGUCACAGGCCACCAGUCCGGAGACGGAACAGAAGAAGAUCAGCUUCUGCGAUCUGAGCAAGAUUCCUCACUCAGAAUUACGCGUGUGCAUCGCGGAAGACAAUCAGAUCAACCGAAAGAUUGCAAUUUCGUUUGUCAACAAGCUUGGUCUGAAAUGUGAAGCUUAUGAAGACGGCAAACUGGCCUACGAAGCACUACGAGCCAAAAGCCAAGAAGGCCAGCCUUUCCAUUUGGUCCUCAUGGAUGUCCAAAUGCCCGUGCUAGAUGGCUAUGAAGCGACCAAGGCGAUCAGAGCCGAUCCUGACCCCCAAGUCAGCCAAGUGUUGAUCAUUGCCAUGACGGCUUCCGCGAUCCGCGGGGACAGAGAAAAAUGCUUGGAAGCGGGAAUGAACGACUACCUGGCCAAACCAGUGCGACAGACUGCGUUGAAAGCCAUGUUGGAUGAGUAUCUCACUAAUACCAAGUUGGCGACGGAUGCUGCUACCAAAAACCCCGACGCUACCAUGACUCCUGGUGAUAAGGCCAAUGGAAUGAUGAGAUGCGGUUCGGACAAUGUGAAGACGGAUACAAACGGGACUGAGCAGGCUGUUCCAACGGAAAAGCCCAAAGUCAGACGUCCGUUUCGAAGAGUGAUGAAAAAGGUCGACUCGGCCAUAGCGGAAGUGAACGAAGAAACCAACCCCUCCAGCAGUCCUCCAUGGGGGAGGGGGGAGACGGACGAGCAGAUAUCCCCGAAAGAACCCUCGCCGGUUGGGGAAUCGGCUUUCAAUGGUCACGUUAACGGUGAGGUUAAUGGUUCUAAAUUAAGCCCCGAAGAAAGUGCCGCAGCGCCGGUAUCGACCCCAAGCUCGGCAGCCACGAAUGGGCCUCCCUUGGAAAAUGGACAGGCCUGA